AUGAAGGCCAUGCGUGUUCCAUACAUGGUGGCGGCAGUGGUGGUGGUGGUGAUAACGGCGGCAGCAGCCCUGGCUGCAAGCGGAGCGCAGGCGCACGUGACCGGCAACGACGAGCAGAUGGUGCAAGCCAUCGACUGGGCGCCUGUGCAGGCUGUGCUCGAGGCUGCGGUGGAGGAUGGGGCGUUCCCCGGGUGUGUGGCUGGUGUGGGGACCCGUGACGGCUUUGUCUUUCUCUCGCCGGUCGGCGCCUUUACCUACGGUGACUUGCCGCCGCUCAACUCGGCCGUGCCAGACAUGGUGGCCGACACGCGAUUCGACGCCGCAUCUGUGACCAAGGUUGUGUCGACGACGUCUGCGGUGAUGCGGCUGUAUCAGGACGGGCUGCUUGAUCUAGACGCGCCUGUCACGCGGUACCUGGGCAAGGCGUACGGAGUCCAUGGCAAGGCGCCGAUCAAGGUCCUCAACCUCAUGCUCCACAACGCGGGCUAUCCGCCGGACCCGGACCCCAACUACUGGAUGCCAGCCUUUGGCUGUCCUGAGACGGCCAAGUACCACCCUGCCGAAAACUGGUCGUGCCAGGACAAGAUCUUUGCCGGCUUGCUCAACCAGACGCUUAUCAACCCGGUCGGCCAGGUCUACGUCUACUCGGACCUCUCCAUGAUCACCGCCAUGUACGUGGUGGGCUCGGUGGCCAAGGCCGAGGGCAUUGUCACGCCUGCGGACCUCAUUCCGGGAUGCGACCAGGGAGGGCCGGGAGCGCUACAGUGCUACUACGAGGCGUAUGUGGCCAAGCACGUCUUUGGCUACCUUGGCAUGAGUAACUCGGGCUUCCUCCCGCGGCUCGCCGAGUGGCCGCUGGCAGCGCCGACUGAGAACGACACCACCUAUCUUCAUCGCGUCAUUCAGGGCCAGGUCUCGGAUGGCAACGCGUACGCGCUCGGUGGUAUCUCGGGCCACGCCGGGCUCUUCCUCACGGUGCCGGACGCGUACAUCCUGAUGCACCGCCUGAUGUUUGCAACCGCCGACGACGUAUUUGCGAACGCUACUACCGUCAAGUUCUUCACCACCGUCUACAACGUGAGCCAGAGCUCACGCGCCAUCGGCUGGGACACCAACAACUACCAGGCCAACACCAUCCGCUCUUGCGCCAACCUUUCGUCCGACACCUACCUCCACCUCGGGUACACUGGCACCCAGAUCUGCAACGACCCGCAGCGAGAGAUCUUCACCUUUCUCUUUACCAACCGCGUCUACCCCACCGCGCUCAACAUCAAGAUCCGCCAGGUCCGCCAGCUCUUCAACAAUGCCGUCGUCGCCGCCUGGGACGCUGUCCACCCGCCGCCACCGUCUGCCUCAGGGCCUCGGCCACUGCCCUGA